GGCGUUUGCAGGCGCGGUGGCCCCGCGGGCUCUCGACUGCCCCGCCGGCCGGCCGCGACGCCGCCUGGACGUGUGCGGUCGGCGCUCGGUCCCGGUUCGCCCCAGCGCAGCCUCCCGCCUCCUGAGCUCCGUCCCGGCGCGUUCCCUGCCCGCGCUGCCGGCUUGGAGCGGCCGCGGCCGCGGUCACGCGUGGGAAACGCGGUCCUCCCCGGGGAGCCAGGCGCCCGCCCCCCACGCCAGAGCCAGGACCAGAACCAGAACCAGGUGUCAAUAAUGUUUGAGGACAUGGCUGCAUGCAUUACUCAGGGUGAGUGAAGAAAGCUGGAUCCUUCUCAGAGAAGCUUUUACUGAGAAAUGAUACUGGAGAACUACAGUCACCUGGCCGCACUGGAGUAGGACUUCCAUUUACCGAACCCAAGGUGAUCUCCCUGUUGCAACAAGGAGAAGAUCACUGGAAGGCAGAGAAAGAAAGGCUUGGAGACUCUGCUCUUGGUGAACAUCAUCAAGAAGCCAGGUGUGGCGGUGUACCUCUGAAGUCCCAGCACUCAGAAGGUGGAGACAGGAAGAUCACAUGUUCAAUGACAACAUGGCCUACGCAGUGAGACCCUGUCUCAAGAAAGCAAACAAAAAUAACAUCAUCAAGAAGAAAAUACACCUGACUCCAUCCUCUGACUUCUAUAAGAAAUUAGCCUUGGACUGUUCUGGUCAGCAGGUAGCUGUUGACUUACUCCUUCUCAGUGGACAGUAUUCUGAUUGGGCUUCUCCGGGUGAAAGAAGAAUACGUGUCCAUACACUGUGCUUGCCAGUAGUUUUGACUCUGAAUGAAGUCUUUCUGGGAGCUGAUGUUCAAGCAAUUUCAGGGUUAUUGGCCAAUAUGGACUUCCUGUCUCUGCCCAAUGUCAACCCAGAUGCCAGGUAUACAGUACAGAUGUCAGCGGAAAAGAGUCUUCCUGACAUGCAGUUGGGUUCUUUUCAGUCAGCACUCUUGUAUACAUCAAGCAAAGGUGAAAGAAGAAUACUAUCCGUACUUUGUGUUUGCCAGUAGUUUCAACUCUGAAUGAAGUCUUUCUGGAAGCUGAUGUUCAAGCAAUUUCAGGGUUAUUGGCCAAUAUGGAAAUCAUUCCAGACUGGACAAACGUGUAUCUAGAAGAACACAUUUUGCUGUGUCAAGUGAAAACCCAGCCCUUGGUUCACCUUAUGCUCACAACUCAUCCCAGUUUGUACAGAAUUGACAAUCUCUCAGAUGAGGAAAGAUGGAUUCCUUUUUUUAGUGGCUUUUUCUAGAUGUUUUCUAAGCGUAAUCAUACUCAUUCCAGUGCUGAAUUGA